AUGGGCUCUGUUUCUUUGAAAGUAGGAGAUGGAACAGCAAGAUUCAAGCGGGCAUCAGUGUGUUCAUCAGCAGUUAAUGUGUUGAUGCUGUUUUCUGUAAUCAUUACCAACAUUUUUGCUUUCUAUGCAUUCACAUACCACCCUACGAAACUUCAUCACUACCAUAAUCCCAAGAGCAUAGCUUUGAUCUCGGAAAAAGUGUCCUUGAUCCUAAGAGAGAUUGAUUCUUCACAGAAAAAGCUAGCCCAGAUGGAGAAAGAGGUCCUGGGUUAUGAAAGCAUCGAUCUUUCCAGACCCAACAUUGCAAAUGAGCUGAAAGAGUACUUGAAGCACCAUGAGUUGCCUUUGGGGAAAGAUUCAAGAACUGGGAUCACUGAAAUGAUGGCAUCUGUGGGGCAUUCCUGUGAGAAAUCCAUGGAUUUGUUGUCACAGUAUAUGAGUUAUAAAGUCAACGGGCCUUGCCCUGAUGACUGGAGCCUUGGCCAGAAGCUGAUUCUUCGAGGAUGUGAGCCUCUGCCGAGGAGGAGGUGCUUUGCAAAGACUACUCCCAAGGUAGAUUUGCAGCCUUUUCCGUUUUCACUUUGGAAAAAUGUUAGUGAAAAGAGUUUUAGUUGGAGUGGUCUUGGAUGCAAAAAUCUUUCUUGUUUGAAUAGUAAAAAAUUGAAUAAGGAUUGUAUUGGUUGUUUUAAUAUAGUUAAUGGUUAUGUGACUCAGAUAUAUGUCAAGGCUAAAGGGAAAAAUGAUUUCUUGAUUGACGAUGUGUUGGCUAUGGGGAGUGGUGGGAUUCGGGUUGGAUUUGAUAUCGGUGGAGGGUCUGGGACUUUUGCUGCUAGGAUGACUGAGAGGAAUGUGACUAUGGUUCCUGCCACUUUGAAUGUUGAUGCUCCUUUUAAUGAAUUCAUUGCUGCAAGAGGGCUUUUCCCUUUGUAUUUGAGCUUAGAUCAUAGGUUCCCAUUUUAUGAUAAUGUGUUUGAUUUGGUUCAUGUGGCGAAUGGGCUGGAUGUCAGCGGUAGACUAGAGAAAUUGGAGUUCUUGAUGUUUGAUAUCGACCGGAUUUUAAGGGCUGGUGGGUUGUUUUGGGUGGACAACUUUCAUUGUUAUAACGAUGAUAAGAAAAGGGCUCUAACUCGGUUGCUAGAACGUUUUGGGUAUAAAAAGCUGAAGUGGGUCGUGGGAGAGAAAAUUAAUAGUUCGGGGAAAUCAGAAGUUUAUUUGUCUGCUGUUCUACAGAAACCAGUAAGAGUAUAA